UGCCUUACAGAAGAAACUAAUCGAGCUUGGAAUUAUAAAUUAGCGUUUCAAAAAACCAGCGGGGAUUUUUCAGCUUUAACUUUACGCCACAAGAAGGCCGCAUUUACCCUGAGAUAAUGUUUUUUUGAACGGAUUUGCAUCAAACCGCGGAUAUGUCUACAAGAAAACUAGCAAAAAAAUUAGGAUUACUGAGGCAGCGAAGUCAGUCCACCUCUGGUGUGAAGAAAUCUGUGAUAUCAAAUCAGAUAUUUUCUUACUUGGUUGUGAUUGACUUUGAGUCUACAUGUUGGAGAGAGAAAAAUAACUAUGGACAAGAAAUCAUUGAAUUUCCGGCCGUCCUACUGAACACAUCCUCAGGGGAGGUUGAAUCUGAGUUUCAUACUUAUGUUCAGCCUCAGGAACAUCCUGUUCUCUCCAACUUCUGCACUGAACUUACUGGGAUUACACAGGUGCAGGUAGAAGCUGGCAUCCCCCUUCAGAUUUGUCUGUCUCGGUUCAACCGUUGGGUGCAGAACCUGCAGCUAGAGAAGGGAGUGAUGUUUCCCAACAAACAGCAGACAUGUUCUGCCUUUCUCCCCUCCCAGAAAAUGUGCACUUUCCUGACAUGGUCAGACUGGGAUCUUGGAGUCUGUUUGCAGUAUGAAUGUAAACGCAAACAGCUUCUUAAGCCAGACGUGCUCAGCAGCUGGAUAGACCUGAGAAGCACAUACAGGCUCUUCUACAGCCGGAAACCCAAAGGCCUGAAUGGAGCCCUUCAGGAUCUAGGGAUACAGUUUUCUGGGAGAGAACAUUCUGGUUUAGAUGAUGCACGAAAUACAGCCCGGCUGGCAGCCAGAAUGAUGAGAGAUGGAUGUGUGCUGAAAAUCACCCGAAGCCUGGAGACGACCCCACCGAUGGCCAAAUCCAUAUUCAGCAACAACCCCUCUUCUGCAGAAAACAAGCAAGAAAAGGAAAACGGUGUCAGUAAAAAAGAAAAUUUGCUCAUUGCCAGCAAGUGCUCGACAUCCUCCAACAUUCCUCUUGAAACUCAUCAAAAAUACUCAUCUCUUGAUGAGCCUUCAAAUUCAAGCUCAGGUCAAACGUAUCAAAGCCUAAUAACAACAAAGACGCUGUUGAAUUUAACAACGGCACCCCUACAGGGUCAAAACAGCAAAUCGGUGACACCACAGGCUGCUCCUUGUGUUUUGCCCACAUGUCUGAUAAACUGUAGCUCACCACGCCGCAGCAGCAGCAGCCAUGUUCUGUGUUCCACCACUGUUGACUGCAUUUCAGAUCUACCUCCUGUGGACGAAGGGGAGGGAGAACUUAUAGUGGAAACAGAUGAGAGGUGUGGUUCUUAUGAUGACGUGUUGUUGGCGUUCGAGGAGGCUGUGAGUGAAAUGGAUACGAUCUCAACUGUAGAUGUUGGCUAUAUUUCAGAUUUUGACAGCAGGUGUCCUGAGUGGGAGGAGAUGGAUCGUUUACAUUUACCUGAAGGUCCCCUCAUUUUGCAACACCAGAGAACAAAAAGCCUGAAAAUGCAAAAUAAUACAAGAGAUUCAUCAGUGAUGUGUAAAUCUGUAAACAUGCUAAAUUCAAAUGUUAAAGUCUUUAAUCGCACAAAUGAGAAACUGCAGCAAUCAACAACCAAAGAUUCAGAUAAAUGUUUUGCUGUUCCUAAAGUUGUUGAUCGGAGCAAACUGAAUCUGUGCAGAACCGGAAAUUUAAAGUUAGGUCGGUCUCAUAAAAAUGAUCACACAAAGGGGGUCUUUUCAUCUCAGGCUCACCCCUUUCUGCCUGUAAAGAAUUCCACUCUAAAACCGUCCACAAUGGGGCCCAACCCAAACGCUACAAAAUGCAGACAGUCUCUGAAAUCUUCAUUUACAAUUUAUACUGAUCCAAAAAAUAGGGCUGCAGAGUCUCCUUGUCCCUCAACGUCUGGCUCGCCGCACCAACCCAGAAACAUUCUGGCCUCUUUGCCAACCAACACUCUCUCCUCCUGUGCCAAACAGGUCAGCGUGGCUUUGACAGUAAAGGGGCCAAAGAAGAUCACUUCCCCUCUGUGCACCUGUGGUCGCCGGUCAAGACGGCAGGUUGUGUCAAACGGCGGUCCGAACCACGGCCGGGGUUUUUACUGCUGUCCGGUCCGCCGCUCAGGUGGCAGAGGCAGCACGGGGAGAGGCUGCGGGUUCUUCAAGUGGGAGUCUGCUCUCAUGGAGAGCAGUUCAGUGGCUCCUCCUGCUUUGGGGUCUUCUGUAUCAUUCUGUCAGGUCAACUCAAUACUUCCAUGCAGGCCGCCUCUUAGAAAAAGCUACUGAACAGCUGGAGAAGCAGCUGCAUGCUCUCUAAUACCUCCGUCACCGUGACACUGACAUUUCCCAGUCAAAAGAUAAGGAUUUCUGAAGGAAAAAAAGGUUCUCAAGAAAGCAAUAGAACUAGACAAUAUUAGGCCAAUAUGGAACUGUGAUAUUAUUGAUAAUAAUUGUGAUGUUAGUCACAAUUAACCCACAAUUUUCACUUUUUUUCUCCAUUCUCAUUCCUUUCCAAUUUAACUUAUGAAGGAGAAAAAGCUCUCCAAACCUACCUGAACUUGUGUGAAAAAGUAUUCACCUUCUUUAGUUAAAUCAUGGAAUAACUGUGACACACCACAUUUUCUGCAAGGUUAAAUAGAACCUGUCUCACAACAUGAAGUAGGGGAAAGAUUUUAAAAAGAAACACAUCAAUGCCCUGAUCUGGAGAAACUCAAGAACAGACCAGAACAACGCCACUGACAUCUAUCAGUCUGGAAAAGGUUACAAAGUCAUAGUAGAAAGUAAAACUAGCCUUCUGAACACGUCUUUUGUAAUGUAAUAUUACACACAUUGACAUCGUAGUGAUUGUGAUUCAUUAGUUUGUCCAGCUCUACAAAGCAGUGUGGAGAUGAGGAAUAAUAUGAAUUACAUAUAAAUAUGAAGUUUAUUUGUUAAAGCUAAACUCCAAUCAAGACAAAGUUUUUAUUUUACUGAUCAAUCAACCAACAUUGAUAGAGCGCUUUACACACCCAAGUGACCAAACUGCUGUACAAGUCCAAAAGUAAAAAGAAAACAGAAACAUAAAAAUGACCAUAAACACCAACAAUACCACAAAUGACUAAGAAGAAAAGAACAGCUAAAUACAAUAAAAAAAGUAAGAAAAAAUUAAAACUGCCUGAUAUUUCUGCUCACCUGGUAUUGAAAGGCAGGUUAAAAAGAUGGGAUUUUAAAAGGGACUUACAAUCCUUCAAGGUAUUAGCCAUCCUUACAGGAAGAGGAAGAUUAUUCCAGAGUUUAGGAGCAACAAUAGAAGAGGCUCCGUCUCCUCAGGUCACAACUCGAAUCCUUGGAAGGUCUAAAAGCAACAGAAGUUCUGACCUCAAACUUCGCCUUAAAUGUAAAGGUUGAACAAGAAAAAUUAAAUAUUUUCAAAACCAAAAUGUGUUGCUUUGUAAAUCUUAUGUCAAAACAAUACUUUUUAAGUAGAAGCUAAUAUUGAUGAAUAUUUUUAAUACAAGAAAGAAAUAUGACACCAUAUUUGUAACCCAAAAAGCUACAAAAUAACUGUUUUCUUUCUGUUGCAGUAACUAAUAUUUUUCUG